CAAUCUGCUGUAUCUCAGCAUGGAAGAGAUCUACGUCAGGCACAUCGAGCUGCUCGGCUUUGAGAAACGCGACUACCCGACUCAGCACUACGUGUACAUGCUGAUGGUGAAAUGGAGCGACCUCUCUGAGAAGCUGAUCUACAGGACGUAUCCUGAAAUCCACACCUUCCACAAAUCACUCAAGGAGAUGUUUCCCAUUGAGGCUGGUCAAAUAGACAAGAAGGACAGAAUCAUUCCUUCAUUACCAGCGCCACGAUGGGUGGACACCCAGAAGUCGACAGUAACCAGACAGAGCACCUUGGCUGACUACUGCUACGCGCUCAUCAACCUGCCGCCUCACAUCUCCCGCUGCAAACACAUCACCACCUUGUUCAAGGUUCGACCUGAGGAUGAAAACCCGCCAGCGGCAAACACACUGAGAAGAAAUGAUACAUUUGCAGCGUCCAGGGAGUUGGCCAGAGGCAACGCUUCUGAGAUUUCAAGCCCCAUCAUACUGGACACCUACAGAGUGAUUGCAGACUUCACCAAGACGUCCAAACAGGAGAUGGAGCUGCAUACCGGUGACCUGGUGGAGAUUGUGGAGAAGAAUCAGAAUGGUUGGUGGUUCUGUCAGGGUGAGUCUAAACGAGGCUGGGUUCCUGCGUCUUACCUGGAGCCACUGGAUGGACCAGAUGAAGGCGAGGAUGCUGAGCCAAACUAUGAAGGAGAGCUGCACGUCACCAUCAAUGCCUACAAGGCGGAGCAGGAGGACGAGAUCUCUCUAGAGCUGGGUGACACCGUUGCGGUUAUUCACAAGCUCCUGGACGGCUGGUGGGUCGUCAGAAAAGGAGAGGAGACGGGCUAUUUCCCAUCUAUGUUCCUGCAGAAGGGCGGCAAGAGAGAGAACUAUGAGGCAGAAAGGACGACUCUGCGGGGACAGAAACCACCACCUCGCAGAUCCACCAUCCGAAAUGCCAAGAGCAUCCACAACAGGUCUCGCAAGCAGCUCAGCCAAGAUGCCUACCGUAAGAACAGCCGUCGAUACCUCCAGCAGAAGGGCAGCCGCCUCGCUGAGCCACACAGGAACUCCAAGAACUCCUCCAAGUCACCACUGAGUGAGAGGAGAAACCAAGAUAACAUUCCUGAGCUGUCCGGCUCCAGUUCAGAGAGCGAGCUGAAGAAGGAGGCCCCGGUCAUCCCACCCCGGCCGAGUCCAGAGCUCAUCCUGGAGCGUUGCACUGACAACACCCGCAAGAAAGUCAGCAUCCACAAGUCACGGACAAGUUCCAACAGCUAGUGUGGGGAUUCACCGUAUGUUGUAAAAGCUGCAAUGGAGUAGGCUUUUGAAAGCUUUUUUUCUUUCUUAAUUUGUUGAAGAUGGUUCAACACAAGCAUAAACCACAGAGAGAAAGGAGACUGGUCCUUUGUGCAGCAGUCAUGGAAUUCACAAAGCAACAGAAUUAAAGCAAAAAACCCACUAAUGUUGUUUUAGGCAUUUUUAAAAUUACAUUACAGUAUAUUGCAAGAAGCAUAACUUUGAUACCAUCUGAUGGCCACAUCAAGUAUUACACUGUGG